AUGACUUCUCUCUAUGACGUCAGCAUCCCCGUUCUGGCCAAGAUCAUGAGGACCAUGUCCGCCAUCCUCAAGAAGGGUGAGACCUGGGCUAAGGAAAACAACAUCUCCACCACCGACCUCAUGGACUCCCGUCUCUACGAGGACAUGCUCUCUCUGAGCGACAACGUCGUCAUCUCCGCCAGCACGUGCAAGAAGGCCAUCCAGCGACUGUCGGGCCCCGAAUUGCCCGGCCCCGAAUUCAAAGAGAAGACUAUCGAGGAGCUGCACGCUAUCAUUGACGAGACGUUGAAGCAACUGGGCGAGGUCAAGAAGUCUGAUGUUGAUAGCAAGAAGGCGGAGAUAGUCCCGUGUAGCUUUGGCCGUUUGGAGAUGAAGGCUACUGCUAUCAAUUAUGCGCAGGGGUACGUGAUCCCCACGGCGUUCUUCCAUUUGAACAUGAUAUACGCAAUUUUGAGGAGCAAGGGUGUGCCUCUGGGAAAGAAGGAUGCCAUGAACGAGUUCCUGGUGGACUUUGAGGGUUGGCAUUAA